AUGGUAGAAAUUUCAAUCAGAGAGGAAAGUAUUCAGCAAACCAAUAUCAUCAAGGACUACAAAACCAUGAGAAACUCUAUUAUGGCAACAAUGCAAAUGUACUUCAGCCACCACUUGGGCUGGAAGGUUGAACAAGUUCAGUAUGUAAAUGGUAGAAAUUUCAAUCAGAGAGGAAAGUAUUCAGCAAACCAAUAUCAUCAAGGACUGCAAAACCAUGAGAAACUCUAUUAUGGCAACAAUGCAAAUGUACUUCAGCCACCACUUGGGUACAAUAAUCAGGCAUCUGAUGGAAAGCCAUCAUUGGAAGACAUUUUGGAAACUUUCAUUUCAGAGACUAGGUCGAGGUUCAACAAAGAUGAGUCCAGGCUUGAUAACAUUGAGACAUAUAUGACCAACGUGGGGGCCACAAUGAAGAAUUUGGAGACUGAAGGGCAGAAAACUGAGGCAGAGGUAACAAAGAAGAUUUAUAAACCUUACUCAAUUUCAUUUUCAGACAACCCACCUAUCUUGAAGCCCCCACUACCAUUCCCACAAAGAUAUUUGAAGAAAGAGUUUGAUGAGAAAUUCACAAAGUUUCUAGAGGUCUUCAAGAAAAUCCACAUCAACAUUCCCUUUGCAGAAGCCUUAGCCCAAAUGCCUAACUAUGCCAAGUUCUUAAAGAAAGUGAUGUCAAAGAAGAGAAAGUUGGAGGAGUUCGAGACUGUUAAGCUGACAGAGGAGUGUAGUGCCAUCCUUCAGAAGAAGCUCCCUCACAAAUUGAAAGAUCCAAGCAGCUUCAACAUCCCGUGCAAUAUUGGUGGUAUCACAUUUGAUAGGGCACUGUGUGACCUUGGAGCUAGCAUAAACUUGAUGCCCUUAUCAGUGUUUAAAAAGUUGGGUCUUGGAGAAAUGAAACCCACAACCCUCACCUCGCAAAUGGCGGAUAGACCGAUCACAUAUCCAAAGGGCAUUAUUGAAGAUGUGUUGAUGGAGGUUGAUAAGUUCAUAUUUCCGAUGGAUUUUGUGGUGUUGGACAUGGAGGAGGAUGAGAAAGUACCAUUGAUUCUUGGCCGACCUUUCCUGGUUAUUGGAAGAGCAUUGAUUGAUGUUCAAGAAGGAAAGUUGACACUACAAGUUAAUGAAGAGCAAGUAACUUUCAACAUCUAUCAAGAAAAGAAAGUCCUAGAAAAAGGAAAAGUUAACACUUUCAAAAUGAUCCAAUCAGCUGAAGUAAUUGCAGGAAACAAAGGAAAAGGGGAAUUAUUUUAUAAUCCGUUAGUGCAAUACAUGGCAAUUAGUAACUCAGAAAGGGAUUCAUCUAUUUCUAUACUUUAA